UAGCUGGUACCUCUGUUUCUCAGCCUGGUACCCUAGGACCAGUAGCAGCCAUGCAGGGAGCCUGGGUCCUGUUGCUGCUGGGCCUCAGGCUCCAUCUGUCCCUUGGUGCCAUCCCAGUGGAGGAGGAGAGCCCAGUUUUCUGGAACCAAAAGGCAGCCCAGGCCCUGGAUGCCGCCAAGAAGCUGCAGCCCAUUCAAACCUCGGCCAAGAACCUCAUCAUCUUCCUAGGGGACGGGAUGGGGGUGCCCACAGUGACAGCCACGCGGAUCCUAAAAGGACAGAUAAAUGGCUAUCUAGGGCCCGAGACACCGCUGGCCAUGGACCGCUUCCCAUACAUGGCUCUGUCCAAGACAUACAACGUGGACAGACAGGUUCCGGACAGCGCAGGCACGGCCACAGCCUACCUGUGCGGGGUCAAGGCCAACUACAAGACCAUCGGCUUGAGCGCGGCUGCCCGCGUUGACCAGUGCAACACGACUUUUGGCAAUGAGGUCCUCUCCGUGAUGUACCGCGCCAAGAAAGCCGGGAAGUCCGUGGGUGUGGUGACCACCACCCGGGUGCAGCACGCCUCUCCAGCGGGCACCUACGCGCACACAGUGAACAGAAAUUGGUACUCCGAUGCAGAAAUGCCCAGCUCUGCAAGGCAGGGCGGCUGCCAGGACAUCGCCACCCAGCUCAUAACCAACGUGGACAUAGACGUGAUCCUCGGUGGGGGCCGCAAGUUCAUGUUUCCCAAGGGGACACCAGACCCUGAAUACUUAAAUGACACGGCCCAGUCUGGAACCAGACUGGAUGGACGGGACCUGGUCAAGGAGUGGUUGAUCAAGCACCAGGGGGCCCGGUAUGUUUGGAACCAGGAAGAGUUCAGGAAGGCAUCCCAGGACCCAGCAGUGACUCACCUCAUGGGCCUCUUUGAGCCAGCAGAAAUGAAAUAUGACAUCUACCGAGACCCCUUGAUGGACCCGUCCCUGAUGGAGAUGACAGAGGUGGCCGUGCGCCUGCUGAGCAGGAACCCCCGGGGCUUCUACCUGUUUGUGGAAGGAGGCCGCAUCGACCAAGGUCACCAUGAGGGCACAGCUUACCUGGCGCUGACCGAGGCUGUCAUGUUCGACUCUGCCAUCGACAGGGCGAGCCAGCUCACCGAUGAGAAGGACACGCUGACCAUCAUCACUGCUGACCACUCCCACGUCUUCACCUUUGGCGGCUACACAUAUCGGGGGUCCUCUAUCUUUGGCCUGGCCCCCCUCAAGGCAGUGGACGGCAAGUCCUACACCUCCAUCCUGUACGGGAACGGCCCUGGCUACGUGCUCAACUCAGGCAACCGGCCCAAUGUCACCGAUCUGGAGAGUGGCAACAGGACGUACCGGCAGCAGGCGGCGGUGCCGCUGGCGUCGGAGACGCACGGCGGCGAGGACGUGGCGGUUUUCGCGCGCGGCCCGCAGGCGCACCUGGUGCACGGCGUGCAGGAGCAGAACUACAUCGCGCACGUCAUGGCCUUCGCGGGCUGCCUGGAGCCCUACGCGGACUGCGGGCUGCCGCCCCCUGCCGGCCACAGCGGCGCCGCCGGCCAGGGCAGGGCCGCUGCGCCGCUGUCCCUGUCGCUCUUGGCUGGGUCGCUGCUGCUAGUGGCAGCGUCCAUGGCCUCCUGA